AGCUUCUCUUUCUCAGUUUAAAAGAGCUUUUAAUAACUCUUAAAAUAAAGCAUAGACGUUACGUUUAGACCUUAAAGGAGGGGCGAAACCGUGAAGGAAAGCAACAGCAUGCUGCUCAAUGAUCGUUUCAUCUUGUUUGUCACAUUUUCAUGUUGGUGGGAAUCGAAACCGAAACUAGAAUCUGACUCGUCACACAGCUCCUCUGUGAAUUUGUGAUGAAUGUGAGUUCAUUUCCCCGCGAGCUCUUCAGGAGAACAGGACAAGUCUUUCAGGGUUUUUCUUUCGAUUUAGAUUUAAAGGUGUUAUUGUUAAAAUGGCGACAGUAGCAGCAGGUAGAUGUAGUCCAUUAUUUGAUCGUCCUGACAUGAGUGAUCUGAGGAUUGUGCUGAUAGGAAAGAAUGGAUUAGAAAACAGACGAGUGGCAAACACUAUACUGGGAAGAGCAGUGUUUGACAGCGAAGCUCCAUAUUAUUCACAGCAAUCCAGUGACAGAAUCAGUGGAGAGCUGGAGGGGAGAAAGAUCACAGUCUUCAAUCCUCACCUGCUCCAGCCAAAUUACCCACAGGGAGAGAUAAUAGAUGGAGUGAGAGACUGUGUGUCUCUGUCUGCUCCAGGACCUCAUGUGUUUGUACUCGUUCUGCAGUAUAAUAACUUCAGUGAGGACGACAGACACAGAGUGGAAUAUGUGCUGAACCUCUUCAGUUAUCAGGCCAUGAAACACACUAUAGUGCUGACUACUGAUGAUGUGCCACACAGAUCAAUAUUCACUUCUAGGAAUAACUCUAUUCAUGAUAUAAUAAAGGAGUGUGGAGGAGGACAUCUGAAGUUUAAUACAGUAAGCACAGGAUGGCGCUAUGAGAUGUUCAGAAGGACAGAAGAGAUACUCAAGAAAGAAAGUAUAGAAUUUCUCAUUUGUGACAAUAGGCCUAUUUCACAAGAUGACGACCGAGACUGGAAGUAGGGUAGUGGUACUUCCGCUCGUGCCAGUGCUACGAUCACAAUAAUGGAUUGCGAACAGCUUGUUUUCUCCUAAUCGUUAAGUUAUCUGCCAAAACUCAGAAUUGCAUAUGCUGUUAGUUUUUUUGAUGAUUUUCAGGGAGAUGUGAAGAGAUCCAAAUUGGACAAAGGCUACAAAUUAUUUUUGGAACAAUUUACAUUUGAUUAUCAAGGUAAAGUUAUGUAUAAUGAGCCAGUUGCCAUGAUACUGAUUUUCGAAUUCAUUUACUAUUAUUGAUUAUUUUGAAAGUGGUUUAAUAAAAUCUAGCUUGUUAACUA